AAGAGAGGGCAAGGCGGGGCAGCGGGGCGACCAAGGGGCUGAGGGAGGGGGCAGGGCGAGGUCCCUGCGUGGAGACCCAGACACUAGAGGCCAGAACGCACACUAAGGCAUAGAGAGGGGGAGCCUGGGGGACGGCUGGAUGGAAAGUCACGGGACAGAGGGAAACUGGAUAUUCAGGCACCACACCCACAGGCCCCGCGUACAGACUGGCGUCCCUGCCCCGCUGGACUGGGUCUCACAGACGCCUGUCCCCGGAGAGGCAUCUGGAAAGAAACCCGAGCUCCCACUGAAAGGCCACAACCUCAAAGUCCAGCCCCAGAACACGAUAAAGGUCCUGAGUGAGCGGGGGGGGGGGAACAGAGCGCGGAGGAGCGGACAGCAUGGCCGGCAGGCCUGGCCCCCCACGGCUGGGCCCUCUGCUCCUGCUCUCCCUCUGGGGGUCCUCGGCUCCGGCCCCCCUCCUCAGGCGCCUGGCUGAGCACAUUGAGCGGUUUCAGGAGGGCUCCGGCCCGGGCCUGGGUUUCGGCCCAAAUGCAUUGGUCCCCCCAAAACAAGGCUGGCUGGAGCAGCCACUGGACCCCUUCAACACAUCCGACCAGCGAUCUUUCCUGCAGCGGUACUGGGUGAAUGACCAACACUGGGCCAGCCGGCAUGGACCCGUGUUCCUGCAUCUGGGGGGCGAGGGCAGCCUGAGGCCUGGCUCAGUGACGAGAGGGCACCCCGCAGCCCUGGCCCCAGCCUGGGGGGCCCUCGUGAUAGGCCUGGAGCACAGAUUUUAUGGCCUGAGUAUACCUGCCGGGGGCCUGGACGUGGCCCAGCUCCGCUUCCUGUCCAGCCGCCACGCGCUGGCUGACGUGGCCUCUGCCCGCCUCGCACUCGGCCGCCUCUUCAACGUCUCCUCCUCCAGCCCCUGGAUCUGCUUUGGAGGCUCCUACGCCGGCUCUCUGGCCGCCUGGGCCCGGCUCAAGUUCCCCCACCUCAUCUUCGCCUCCGUCGCCUCCUCUGCUCCGGUGCGGGCCGUGCUGGAUUUUUCCGAGUACAACGAGGUGGUGUCCCGAAGCCUGACGAGCGCGGCCGUCGGCGGCUCCCCGGAGUGCCGGGCGGCGGCGGCCGCAGCCUUCGCGGACGUGGAGCGGCGGCUGCUCGCGGGCGGGGCGGCUCGCGCGGCGCUGCGAGCGGAGCUGGGCGCCUGCGCGCCACUGGGUCGCGCGGAGGACCGGGCGGAGCUGCUGGGGGCGCUGCAGGCCCUGGUGGGGGGCGCCGCGCAGUACGACGCGCAGGCGGGAGCGCCGCUGAGCGUGCGGCGGCUGUGCGGGCUCCUCCUGCAAGGCGGGGGCAACCGCAGCCACUCCGCGCCCUACCGCGGGCUCCGGCGGGCAGUGCAGGUCGUCAUGCACAGCCUGGGCCAGAGGUGUCUAAGCUUUUCCCGAGCAGAGACAGUGGCACAGCUGAAGGUCACAGAGUCCCAAGUGUCCGGUGUGGGUGACCGCCAGUGGUUGUACCAGACUUGUACUGAGUUCGGCUUCUAUGUCACCUGUGAGGACCCCAGCUGCCCCUUCUCCCAGGUCCCAGCACUGCCCUCCCAGCUAGAGCUCUGCCAGCAGGUGUUUGGGCUCUCCACCUCCUCCGUAGCCCAGGCCGUGACCCAGACCAACUCCUACUACGGCGGCCAGACCCCGGGGGCCACCCAGGUGCUGUUCGUUAAUGGGGACACAGACCCCUGGCACGCGCUAAGCGUAACACAAGCCUCGGGACCGUCGGCGUCGGCCCUUCUCAUCCCCGGAGCCUCCCACUGCAUGGACAUGGCCCCCGAGAGGCCGUCAGACUCCCCCAGCCUCCGCCGGGGGCGCCAGAGCAUCUCCCAGCAGCUGCAGACCUGGCUCGGGCCGGCACAGCGGAGCCAGGCCAGGGGUGGGGACUAAGGGCCCGGACCCUCGCCACUCCCUGCGAGGCCACCUCCUUCCCGGACGUGUCCUCUGGAUGGGAGAACGGAGCUUGUUUGGAAAGAGGGAAUUGCCAGGAAUCGGGCUUCAGCUUCUGAUCUGCACACACACUCGUGGCUGCAGACCUCUCACUCCUGAGAGUGGAUGGCAGGAUAAGUGGAGGAGUAUUCUUGUCGUGCAUCUUGGUAUCUUCUUUUCUUUUGUAGGGAGCAUUUUAUUAAUUGUUUUGUGGCUAUCUCUUUUAUUGUGUAAAGUAUCUUAACGUAAAGCCUCUUUGUGUAACAUAA